UAAUGGAAAAUCUUAUUUUUUCAGCAGCCAUUUUUACAGUCUCCAGUGUUACAUAAUCCUUCAGAAAUCAUUAAUCAGGGCCAUUAAAAAUGUGUGUGUGUGUUUCUGAUUUAACAUGCUGAUUUAGUUUUUUCAUGUUUUUUUUUUUUUAAGAAUAGAAAGUUAAAAAGAACAGCAUUUAUUUGAAAUAGAAAUCUUUUGUAACAUUGUAAAUGUCUUUACUGCCACUUUUGGUGUAGCUCACUGCGGAAACAAGUUGCACUCUGAUGUAACAUUACGCUAGGUUUGACUCAAGGGUUUUGUUGUAAGUUAGGAAAUACUGGAAAUCCUAACUACUGUCAAUAAGACAGAUAAGAGAAGAAUUUUGCCAUUUUCUUCUUAAAGUUAUGAGGUGAACACACUACACAAUUAUGCUGUUUAAAGCCUGACAGGAGACGCAAGAGUAACCUUUUGACAACAUUUACGCUGAGUAAUAGUUCAUAUUCAGCAACUAUCAUAUAAUAUUCUGAGAAUGGACGAUUCAAAGCCAUCGUCAUUUUUUACAUCACUGUUUGUGGUACUGACUGUUGUUCUGGGGGUUAUAAUUGCUGCCAUUGGAAUUGGGGCCUACUUUCUGAGAGACUGUCCUGUCCAGCCCUACAUCCCAGUCUACCUUAUAGUAUUUGGUGUAUUUGUUUUGCUUGUACUGAUAGUAAGCCUGGGCUUAUUGUUUGGAACACUUGCAAAAGAUGUCUUUGAGUUGCUGCUGUUGUCUAUGUUGAUCAUCUCCAUCAGCGUCAUCCUCUACCUAUUUGUUGUCUGCUGGUUCAUCACAGGGAGUGUCUGGAUAUAUUCUGUACAUCCUCCCAGUUAUGACCCAACAAAUGGACAGAACUACUGCAACAAAACUCUUUACCUCUUUGCAUUCUGGUUGAAUACAGUCUGUUACGGCUGUUUGGCUGUCCUGCUGCUUUGUAGUGGAUUUUCAGUGCUUUAUAUCUGUGUAAAAAGUACUUGCCAAAGACCACAGCCAUUGGCUUCAAACUCUCAGCAACAAGUAUAAGAUGUUUUGGAAUGAGCAUGUUUUUAUUCAAAUCACAAUGUAAUCAUACAGUAUGUUGCCUAAGAAUCAAAUCCAUGACCUUGACAUUAUAUACUAUUUUCUAAUAUAGGGAUACAGAAAAUCACCUUUUUGUGUGAGCUGUUUUGAGAUCACAUGUAUAAUGAUAUAUUUACAUCCAAUUCAAAAUCAAGGCCUAGACUUGAAGGUAAUGUACAGCUCAACUUAAAAAAUAUCAACAUAAAUCAAAUAUAUACUGUCACUGCCGUGUAUAAUAGCCAUACUACUCGGAUUUUCUUAACUGAUUAAUUUUUUUUUUUUAUAAAAAUGUAUUAUAUAUAAAGGCAAAAAGGGUGGUUGCUAUGUUUCAGUUUGGGUUUGCAAAAACAGUUUCUCAAUAUUUUUUUCAAAGGCAGUGGAAGUGUUUCAAAGCUACUGGCUGAGUCUGAUGACCACACAGCUGUGAAAACAUACUGGUUGACUCAGAGCAGCUCUAUACGGUUUAACUUGAAUAUUCUAUUCACAUCUUCAUAAUAAAGCUAAUUUUGGGGCUCCUCAUA